AUGUUGAUGGCGGGCGCUCUGCCGGCCGAGUCCGAAGGGCUUCUGGCCCUCGGCACCCUGCCCGGACAGAAGGACACCACCUGGACGAAACUCUUCGUCGGCGGACUUCCCUACCACACCACAGAUAAGAGUCUGCGGGAACACUUCGCGGUCUACGGCGACAUAGAGGAGGCGGUCGUCAUCACGGACAGACAGACCAGCAAAAGCAGAGGAUACGGUUUCGUAAUAAUGGGAGAUAGAGCAGCUGCAGAGCGAGCCUGCAAGGAUCCAAACCCCAUCAUAGAUGGAAGGAAAGCCAACGUCAACCUUGCAAUUCUUGGCGCGAAACCCAGAGGAAAUUUAGCACCAGGAUUCGGUUUAGCAGCAGCUGCAGCGGCCGGCGUCCGCGCAGGUUAUCCGACGGUUUUACCAGCACAUUACGGAUUGUCACCUGGCUACGUGUAUGGAGCGCCAGGCUACGUCGGUAGCGUGGGCGGAAUGACAGCGGGCGUGGGCGCUGGUGCAGGGGGCCUAGUUCAACUGCCGCAGUUGCAGCACGCCGCCGCUGUGGCCGCUGCAAAUCACCUGUACGAGUACCAGGCAGCAGCUGCGCAAGGGGCCGCGGCGUAUCAGCAACAGUAUGCUGCAGCUGGCUUCGAUCCUUACGCUACUGCCGCUGCGGCUGCAGCAGCAGCAAGCGGUGCCGGCUACAUGUCUCCAUAUUACGCAUUACAAGGAGGCGGCGUCCAAGCUCCUUUACUCCCUCCCCUAUCUUACCCCCCACAACUACAAGAAGCGCGCAUGCAGUAA